CUUCUUUUCGUUUUCGUUGUUUUCUGGAUAAGACACAACUUAAAAAUGGGAGAGGCGUGUAAAGUUUUUGUUGGCAAUCUCAGCUACGAUGCGACAGAAGACGACCUAACGAAGCGGUUUAGCGAUUUUGGUGAAGUCGAACAAGUAGCUAUCAUUACCGAUCGCGAUACUGGCCGAUCAAGAGGUUUUGCUUUCGUAACUUUCAGAGAGGAGGAAGGCGCAGCUACCGCCAUCAAAGAAAUGCACGAAGAGGAUUUCUUAGGAAGAAGUGUAACUGUUAGAGAAGCCCAAUCCAAACGUGGUGGUGGUGGCGGUGGAGGCUAUGGUGGCCGUGGAGGAGGAGGUAGAUAUGGUGGUGGCGGUGGUGGUUACGGAGGUGGUGGCGGCGGCUACGGAGGUGGCGGCGGCGGUUACGGAGGUGGUGGCGGUGGCUACGGAGGUGGCGGCGGUUAUGGAGGUGGCGGAGGAGGCCGAAGAUACAAUGAUGACAACUACAGCGGAGGAGAUUACAGAGGUGGUGGAGGCGGAGGAAGAAGUGACCGAUAUUAAACCGAUCCUGGCUGAGAGUUACGAUCUGCCAACAUGCAGCAACUACCUGCUGUGUUUGAACUAUUUCUAACAUGCUCUGCUCCCAGUUAAUCUGGAAUCGAUUUUAUUCUUUCAUCGAAUAAACUACAACUGUAUAUAACAGAACAUUAUUGCUACGAUUAUGAAUACAUGCAGGACUAUGCUCUGGC